AUGUCUUUCCCAUUUCCAGGUGGCACAGCAACCGGCUCCAAGGAUGCAGAGCGUGAAGACAAGCCGCAGCAAGUUGCGCCAGGAGUGGUGCUGGACAAGGAUGGGAAACCAUGUCGAACCUGCACUUCCACCGCUGCAUGGAUGGCGAUGAUGAAGCAGAGCGGCAAAAAGACCAAAUCUGUCGCUCCUGUUCCUCCUCCACGAGCCGAAUGUCCCCCCGACGUCGAAGAACUCGGUCGUGCGACAUGGACAUUGCUGCACAGCAUCGCGGCGACCUAUCCCGAAGCCGCCCCUCCCGAAACCCAGUCAGUCAUGAAGCAGUUCAUUUCGACCUUCUCGAUGCUCUACCCGUGCUGGGUCUGUGCGGACGAUUUUCGAGACUGGAUGAAAAAGCCCGGGAACGAGCCCCAGGUCAAAGGGCAAGAUGACUUGGGGAUGUGGAUGUGUCAAGCGCAUAAUGCGGUGAACGUGAAGCUGGGGAAGCAAGAGUUCGAUUGCAGUCUCUGGAAACAGAGAUGGAAAGAUGGGUGGAAGGAUGGCCGAUGCGAUUGA